AGCGACAUGAUAUAAACUCCCGAUUGGAAGAAACCAUAACAGCUGAUAUGUGUCAUGUUCACGACUAAAUUCGUAAAAUACUCUCUGCUAAAUACAUCGUGCUAUACUAAAGGACCAAAUGGUUGUUGACCAGAGUUGUUCCCUUGCUCAAACAAGAUAAGUGAUUUUUUUUUAAAUACAUCGGUGUACCAGGUUAACAUUACAACCUACCUGGUUGUCUUCCGUGUUUCACAAGACCGAGUUAUUGAUAAGCGAGAAUGGGUUCCACGGUUCGUUUUUUCUUGUUGGAUCAUUUGUCGACAUUUCGACGUAUAUAUUUAAAUCGUACGUUUGUCUCUUCAGUAACAACAAAGUCUGGGGCCCGAUAUCUGAGUACUGAACAGAAAGACAUAGAGUCAGGCUGUUCAAAAACAGAGCGCUUGGCCAGGAAACUCAGAGAAAAAACUCCUAUCGGUAAACUAGACGAGUUGGAGGAGGGAAAACACCCGUAUCAAGAGAAAGAGCCAUUAAAAGCAUGGCCAGAUAACACAAAUCCAAAUACUGGUGAAAUAGGAGGUCCUAGGGGACCUGAACCCACUCGCUAUGGUGAUUGGGAAAGGAAAGGAAGAGUGUCAGAUUUCUAGUAUAAUUACUUAGUCCUUCAAUAAUGAGAUCUCAAUUAUAUUGUAAUUUCAACCAUCUUUUAAAGAUUGUUUUCUCCUUAGAUAUUUAUUAAAUGAUUGUUAGUUAUGGUGUAACAAAAUAAAACAAGUCAUAUAGUAUUGGUUAUGUUACAAUACAAAAUACUUAACAUUUUUUUUACAUACUUGCUAUGACAUUAGCCCUGGAAAUUUUUUCAGGUUAAGUUCAAUUAUGUGUCCAAGUUUAUAUAGAGGAAACAGCAUGACUUUUGACAGUUAUCUGAAGUUUAUUUGAAAAUAAAUUGAACAGAAUUUUAUUGCUUAUUACUUUUGACUGUAUGUGUACAAACGUGAAAAUGAACUGACUUGAAAAACAUCUUUGAUAUUUCUUAAGUAAUGGUUUACCUGAAAGUCAAUCAACAGUUAAGUUCUUUUCCUGGAAGGAAAAUAAAUGUUUAAUAUGUAUCAAGUACGAAACAGUUAUCGAGUUUGAUCAACAUUCCUUAAAAUAUUUUGACAUCUUAUUGCAUUACGGCAGCCCUUCUUUCAAUAGGACUAUUUAUUAUUAUUUGCAAGUAAAGUUAAGAGAUUUAAUUUCAUUGAUAUCCAUUUGAUAAAUUUGGAAAAUAAAGAUCAUUAAUGUUCUCCCUUGUAUGAUCAUUAAUCCCUCCCUCUCACUGAAAAUGUUCCUGAUUGAAGUAAUAAAACAUAUUUUGAUAUCACUUGUUCUUUAUUUAAUUAAUGCGAUAGUAAAUGCUUUUAGAAUUGAGGUUUUUCUGUUUAAUCACAAAGAAAUUGAAAUAGUGGGGCAUAUAUAAUUAAAAUGUCCGAAAACAUGCUUUUAAAUGCAUAUUUAACAGAGAGCAAAAAGGAGUGCCAGUGAGUCCAAAACCUAUUAAUUGCAGAUGAUUAAAUUAAGAAUUUUGCUUUUAUAAUUGUUCUGUAGUGUUGAUAUUAGACUUUUGUACUCUUGCCCUGAAAGGAGUAUUGUUUUAUUGAGCACAAUUAAAUAUAUCGUAUUUACGGGUUAAAAUUGACAACUUUUUUCUUUUGCAAUGUUUGGACUGGCUUCACCAUUUCAUAUUAUAAAUGUAUUUGGUCACAUAGUUUUCAAGGACAAACAGUUUAUAAAAACAAAAUGUUUCAAAAGUUUAUUGUUCGUCACUUGCUGAGUGACAUUUUGGGGAUUAUGUUUUUUGCAAUCUUCAGGCUAAAAUACAAUGAAGAAAAUUAUUAAUGUUAUAAAAGAAUAUAAAUAAGAAAUUACAGAGAUUAUUGAAUUAAUAUCAAAGAAAAAAUAAUUAUUAUUACUAUACAGAAACAUAAUACACAAUGUAAACUAACAUAAAGACACCUCAUUAUAAACAUCAAUAAAUCAUACCAAAUUAUGAUAAAAUUUAAACAAAUAUGUGCAAGGUGUGCGGAUGCACAUCCAGUAUGGCAGUCAUAAUAGCAUUUGAACUGAAUUUAAAACUGCAUAAUAGCAUUUAAACUGAAUUUAACUAAUACACUCUCUGUUUAAAACAAUCAGCAGAGACUGUUUGUGAGUUGGAGAAAAAGGGAGGGGGGGUAACUUGAAAAUAUUGUUAUAUAAAACAAUAUAAAUGGACAAAACAUUCAUACAUUCCCAAAAUGCAUUUGAUGAAAUUUGUAUAUAUAAAGGACAAUGUCACUUAAUUUAAAAGACAGGAACGAUAUGGCAGACCAUAUUCUGGUUUUGUUUGUUUAUACUAUACCAUUUCAGUUUCUGCAAAUUGGCCUUUUAUCUUUCCAUUGGUCUGUUCUCUUUCUCUCUGUGGAUGGUAUUUGAGCAAGUUGUAUUUAACACUAUAUAGGAGGGUAUGUGUGUCAGUGAAUAACAACUUUUUGGAGAGCCCAUUGUUUUUCUUUAUUCAUUAAUUUUUAUAUCUGAAUUAACUUAUUAUUGGGAUUUGAUUACAGCAUCUGAAAUUUGGUUCUGAUUACUGUAUUCCUUUGCUUGUACAGGUUUCUGAAAAUAAUGAUUGAAAUAAAU